GUCAAGUUGAAGAGAGAGAGAGAGAGCCCACCUACCUCCCCACCAACUCCGCGGUGGACGGCGAUCAAUUCGCGCCCCCUCCAACUGAUCCUCUUCUAUAUAUAUACACACACACACAGCCAUAUCUUCGAACUGUCCAAACACGCCUCUCAUUCCCUCUUCCCAUCCCACCAGAUCCACGCGUUCCCUCUGGCCUCCGCCCGGCUCCGCCGCAGAAGGAAUAAAAAUGGAGACCUUCUUGUUCACCUCAGAGUCGGUCAAUGAGGGUCACCCUGACAAGCUGUGUGACCAAAUCUCAGACGCCAUUCUCGAUGCAUGCCUGGAACAAGACCCAGACAGCAAAGUCGCCUGCGAAACUUGCUCGAAGACAAACAUGGUGAUGGUCUUUGGGGAGAUCACGACCAAGGCCAGUGUAGACUAUGAGAAAAUUGUACGCGAUACUUGCAGAGGCAUUGGGUUCACCUCUCCUGAAGUUGGCCUCGACGCCGACAACUGUAAAGUCCUCGUGAACAUCGAGCAACAGAGCCCGGAUAUUGCCCAGGGUGUUCAUGGUCAUUUCACCAAGAAACCCGAGGAUAUCGGAGCAGGUGACCAAGGCCACAUGUUUGGUUACGCCACUGACGAAACCCCCGAGCUAAUGCCUCUCACUCAUGUCCUCGCUACCAAACUCGGUGCUAGGCUGACCGAAGUGAGGAAGAACAAGAUUUGCCCCUGGCUAAGACCUGAUGGUAAGACUCAAGUCACUGUUGAGUACAAGAACGACAACGGGGCGAUGGUCCCGCUUAGGGUCCACACCGUUCUCAUCUCGACGCAACACGACGAGACCGUCACGAAUGACCAAAUUGCCCAUGAUUUGAAGGAACAAGUAAUCAAGCCCGUGAUCCCGGCUAAGUACCUCGACGACCGGACCAUUUUCCACCUCAACCCAUCGGGCCGCUUCGUCAUCGGGGGUCCCCACGGGGACGCCGGGCUGACUGGGCGGAAGAUCAUCAUUGACACGUACGGUGGGUGGGGUGCACACGGUGGGGGAGCCUUCUCAGGGAAGGACCCCACCAAGGUGGACCGGAGCGGGGCGUACAUCGUCAGGCAAGCAGCAAAGAGUGUGGUUGCAUCCGGACUCGCUCGCCGGUGCAUCGUCCAGGUUUCUUAUGCUAUCGGUGUGGCGGAACCACUUUCGGUGUUCGUCGACACUUACAAGACGGGGAAGAUUCCAGACAGAGAUAUCUUGAGUCUGAUUAAGGAGGAGUUUGACUUCAGGCCUGGAAUGAUCACAAUCAACCUUGACUUGAAGAGAGGAGGGAAGCUUAGGUACCAGAAGACUGCUGCAUAUGGUCACUUUGGACGUGACGACCCUGAUUUCACCUGGGAAACUGUCAAGAUCCUCAAACCCAAAGCCUGAGUUAGUGGCACGGCACCUCUUCUGUUUUUGUUUUUUCUUUCUGUUUAUGUUCUUGCAGAUUGGUAAAAAAAAUUAUAAUAUGUAGUCAUUAUGCUGGCUGCAAACGAAUAAAUUUGAUUCAUAUCCAAGUGAUUGAUAUUAAGGGCCUGAAGUUUUUGUCUUCUUUUUUUCACCUUUCUGUAUAUGAGAGUAGUGUUUAUAUUAUAUUUCCGAUGUGGGAUGAAUUC